GUUAUGUACUUUUCUAUGUGCAAUGUUUGAAACAACAUCAACAUGGUAGAAUGUUUUAGUCCCGAAAAGAUUUAUCCGAGGUAAUACAAGGAAUAAUAUUAGACUAGAUUAUUAUUAGAAUGAAUAACGGAAAUAUAACAAUAGGAAGAUAGUUCGCAUCGAUAUUAAUUUUUGCAGAACACACCGAGUCUUGGCAUUUGGAACAUCUCGGCGAUUAUUUAUUUUGUUGGACGGAUAAGGACCGAAGACUAGCGACUGCAGGAUUAUACUGGAUAAAUAAAUCUUACGUUAGGGGCGAAAUUUCAUUAACAACAGAUAAUGGCAAAAGCUGGGUCAAGUUUGUUUGUUGUUAUAUUUAUUGUUUAUACAAAUACAAUUUGUUCCGUGAAAGGGAUAAGAUGUUUCGCCUGCGAUUCUUCAGCAGACGGCGAUAUUUGUGGUACGAGCUUCAAAAUGACGUCAUCAAACACAAGUUACAUCGUGGACAACUGCGACUACUGUAGCCAAUACCAUUUUUCAAACGACAGAGUAAUAAUUCGUUCCUGUGCAAAAACUACUGGCCUAAGGGUGACAGCUGGAUGUGAUUCCUGCAAACUGAGCGGGGUCAGGGUUCGAGCAUGCUACUGUGACGAUGACUUGUGUAACAGCGCAGUGUCGAGGAAACGAGAACUAAAUCUUUUACUCUCGGUGAUCGUUGUAUGUCUUUUACUUAAUUAUAAGAAUUAGACAUAAUUAAUAUUUUCUUCAAUAAAUGAUAACAAUAUAUA